AUGUACUUUGAAUUCAAACUUAAUAAUCUACUUCAAUUUGUGUAUCAAUUCGUUUUAUACAAAGGCAAAACAAAAUUUGUUGGAAUUAUAGUGUACUUGUUAUUGGUACAGCUAAUUAUCAGUCAGAUUAAUUCAGUUGAAGGAAUACGAUGGUUAGGUAUAUACAGAUUACCAAAAGGUGCUGAUCAUCCAGUCGAUUCAACAGCUGAACGAUUUACACCAGCAGAAUGUCAAAAAGCAGCAAAUGAAUUAGGUCUUCGAAGAAGGCAGAUGCGAUUCUGUAUGCAUCCACGUUUUGGUUAUGCAAUGCUUGCUGUACUCAGAGCUGCACAUGCUGUUGGUUAUCAUUGUCCAAAAACAUUUUCAGAUAGACGAUGGAAUUGUACUUCUAUUCAUCAGCUACCACAUGUUUCACCAGAAUUAAGACGAGGUACACGUGAACAAGCCAUUGUUCAUGCAUUUGCCAGUGCAGUUUUACUAUUUGAAAUUGGACGAUAUUGUGCACUGAAUAAAAUUCGUUAUUGUUCUUGCGGUGAUGAAGACGGUGCUUAUGCUACACCAAGUUAUCCUACAUCAUCACAUCCCUAUACAACAGGCAAUGCUUUGUCUGGACAACAGCAUAGAAAAAAUUCUUAUAAUGAUUUCAAUGGUGCACUAGUCUACAGUUCUGGUGCUAACACUAUGGAUAUGAUGGAGGCAUCAAAAUCAAACAGUAUCCCAAUGACAGAUGGUCAACCGACAGUGAGUAAAUUCUACUGGGCUGGUUGUUCAGAUAAUCUGCGCGUGGCUAAAGAGUAUACAUCAUUAUUUCUUGGUUUUCCAAAUGUACAAGUUAUGCUGCCUCCACCAGUUGAAACAGAUAUGCCGAAUUCUGAUGCAGCACAAGAUAUGAUGAAUGGCCAGAAUCGUUAUAGAAGAUCGACAUAUUCUUCUCGUGUUACAGAGAACAGUAUACACACGACAGAGUAUUCAGAAUUACCUAAUUUACUCCAUGAUCUUGUAACGUCAGAUUAUACUACAAAUGAUAACAUGGAUGAUGACGAUGAUCUGGAAGAUGAUGGUGAUGGAGAGACUGAUGACUCAAACUUGUUUCCUUUACAACUUGAAUACGCUGAUAGACGACGUCGUAAUUUACAAAGACCAUGGCAAUAUCAACAAGGCAUGAAAAAUAAUAUGUACCAUGCGUCUUAUAAUCCAAUGCCGUCAGCCUAUGAUUCAGUGCAGAAUACGCCAAGUGAAAAUAUGCCUGUUUCAUCUGACCAGAGAUGGCCACGUCGUCCAAGGUCAAGAUUCGCCAAAAAGAAAUCUGUAAUACGUACUCUGAAUCGUCAUAAUUAUUUAGCAGGAGUUGUAUUAAUGGAAGCGAAUCAAAAGUUGGUUUGUAAAUGUCAUGGUGUAAGUGGCAGUUGUGCUCAACGUGUCUGCUUCCGUCAACUUCGCCGUAUCGAUACUGAGGUAAUGCAGAAAGCGUUGAAAAUGAGAUAUUUGGCAGCAAAACAAGUUUCAGAAGGUAGAAAUGGUGAAUUAAUGGCUAAAACAUUUAUUGGUAACGGUUUUAUCGAUGAAGUUGUAAAACCUGAAGAAUUAGUAUUCAGUGAACACUCACCGGAUUAUUGUAAUGUAGAACCUCAAAGAGGAUCAGUUGGCACUAGAGAUAGAAUAUGCACAUUGAAAGAUACAGGAACAUCAAACUGUGUGAACAUGUGCUGUGGACGUGGUUACAGAAAUGUUACUAAACGGGAAACUAUUCAGUGUAAUUGUCGGAUGGCUAAUGGAUUCAAAGUUCAGUGUGAUGAAUGUAAUGUUGAAACUGUAACUCAAAGGUGUUUGUGA